AUGGAGAACCAACAGGUUUACAACGAUGUUCAGAAGCACUAUGGUUUAGCCGCUAGAACUAGUGACGAUGAUGCCUAUAGCCGAAAGGUGGCGGCAGCGUUUGGGUACAGCGAGGAAGAGCUGGCAAACACGCCGGCAAACGCCAAUCUCGGACUGAGCUGCGGAAACCCAUUGGCACUUGCGAACCUGAAGGAGGGAGAAUGCGUGAUUGAUCUAGGCUCGGGUGCCGGCUUCGAUGUAUUCUUAGCUGCGAAGGCUGUGGGCUCUACCGGCAAGGUCAUCGGAGUAGACAUGAACAAGGCAAGAGGAACACACGAUCGUGCAGACAUGCUCGAGAGGGCAAACAAGAACAAGGAAAACGCAAAGGCGGAGAACGUCUCCUUUGUCGACUCGCAGAUCACAGCCAUCAACCUGCCUGACUCCAUUGCCAACUGUAUCAUCAGCAACUGUGUGGUGAACCUUGUCCCCGAAUCAGAGAAGCAGCUUGUUUUCAACGAGAUGUUCCGCCUCCUCAAGCCUGGCGGCCGGGUUGCCAUCAGCGAUAUCCUUGCCAAAAAGCCACUAUCAGCCGAGAUCCGUAAGAGCGUGGCUCUCUAUGUUGGUUGCAUUGCCGGUGCCAGCCAGGUUGCGGACUACGAGAAGUACUUCCGCAGCGCUGGAUUCAACGAUAUCCUUAUUGUCGACACCAAGUCGGACUUGAACGUUUAUACAACCGCCAAAGACGACGGUCCGGCUGCUGGCGGCUGCAGCACGAAGAGUAAGCCAGGCUGCUGCAGCGGAGGAGUAGUCUCAGCCGAGUCGGCGGCCGCAGUUGCAAAUGUUGAUUUUAACGAAUGGGCGGGUAAGUGGUGA